CCCAUCAUGACGAUGCCGUAGACCCGGAAGUGGGGCGGUGCUGCUGUUUUGCUGUCGAGUCACCUCUGUCAGGAUGGAGGAAAACGAACUGCUAUCAUGCUGAAAAACGAGGUAUCACGACCAGUGAGCAUCGCAAACCGGGAUAGUUGAACACGAGUCGCCGUUUUAUCUUUUAACCCGCUGCGUCGUUUCCUGCCACACUUCGCCAAAAUGAUGGAAGAAAUCGACAGGUUCCAGGUGCCUCCAGUCAACGGGGAGACACAGCCAUUGGACCCAGCAGCAUCUUCCACCUCGGAGGUGAACCCUGACGCUAAGGGAGAGACUGUUGCCAUGAACUACAAGCCCUCACCUCUGCAGGUCCAAAUAGAGAAACAGAGAGACCUCGCCAGGAAGGGAUCAGUGAAGAACGGCACCGUGGGAAGUCCUGUCAAUCAACAGCCCAAGAAGAAUGCAAGGACAAGGUUGGUGGUGCCAAACAAAGGCUACUCCUCUCUUGACCAGAGCCCAGAUGAGAAACCUCUGGUAGCACUGGACACCGACAGUGAUGAUGACUUUGACAUGUCCAGAUACUCCUCAUCAGGAUACUCCUCAGCCGAGGUGAGAUGUCUGAGGGACCAGCAGAUCAACCAGGACCUGAACAUUCAGCUCCUGAAGGACGGGUACCGGCUCGAUGAGAUCCCGGAUGACGAGGACCUGGAUCUGAUCCCCCCUAAAGCAGUUAACCCCACCUGCAUGUGCUGCCAGGCUUCUCCCUCUACAGCCUGUCAAAUCCAGUAGCAUCCCCCACCCAGAACAUCUCCUGCUUGCACCAAAGCCAACUACUGACCAGAGUGGCUGCAAGGAGGAAAAACUAUCAGCUUGCAAUGGCACAAAGGGAAAACAAGGGUUUAUAAAUGCUCAAAUAAGAAAAGAUUAUACAGUAGGUGAAGUCUUGAGGAAAGAGUCAAUAUGUACAGUAUCCGUGCAUGUUCCUCCUAUGGUAGGAUCUGUGCGUCUUACUUCUGCAUAGUUGGUUCAGCGGGGACUCGACUGAUGAUGGCAGAAACUUUACCUCUAAUGACAACGUGUCUCUUUGGCUUCUCCUUUGUCCGACUUCCAUCUCACGCUUGUGGAUGUCUUGGUUCACGAGGACCAUGGAGGAUUGUGCGAUGUUGUGGAUGAACGGAAAAAAAUGACGGGGAUGACAGGAACUCUACCAGAUGCAUGUGAUGGUAGAAGAGGUGUCGUCAUAUGGUAGUGCACCGCCCACGGAAAGUACUUUUUUUGUUCCUGGUUAAGAUUUAACGAACAAGAAGAGAUUGGAUGUUUUGUAGCGACCAUUGUUUUUUUUCCCCUUCCUUUAUCAUUUCUUUCUGCGAGUCUGCUUUGUUAGCCUGUGCAUAUGUGUCAGACAUAGAAAAUACAUACGUGUGUAUCUGAUUAUGUCCAAGAAAGUAGUGGAAAACCAUGAAGUUACAAAAUGCACACAAUCACAACAUCCAUCCAUCAGCGAUACUGCUCCUCAUUUGGGGGUUUGGUUGACGGAGGAAGCCCAAGCACCCGGAGAAAAAAAGCCACCUAGGCACGGGAGAACACUAUACUCCCCCCGGACAAAAAGGGGGUUCAAACCCAAAACCCUCUUGCUGUGUGACCUCGCUCGCAACGUCAAAAUAGUAAUGUCAGAAUUUUUUUUUUUAAAUGUUUGAAUGUCAAACCAAGGUUGUACUGCUUAAUCGUUUCAUAUUCAGUUGAAAAAAGAAACUGAGAACAAAUAGUUUUGCAUGUUGCCUGUUCACACUCUAAUGUCUAAUGACCAGCCUGUGCAGAUGAUUUAUCCCUUUUUAUUGACCCCAGAUACGCCGUUGUGCUGACGAGACAUCGUGUGAGGUGCACUUUUCAGAACACGAUUAGUAAUAUUUAGGUUUACCUACUGUAGCAUCAGUAGAUAUAGUGAUUUUAAAACACAGUGGCGGGGGCAGCUCAUUAGUUGGUGUCUAUUAUUUCAAGAUUGCCCCGACAUGAGAGGGUGAUGAUCACAAAAGCAGUCGCCACUAGUGAAUGUGGUUACAAAAAUAAUUCAUAUACUUGAGGGAAUCGGUGAAUGGAUAAAAGGCUGAGAAAAUGAGUUCAUAUCUGAGAAUGUGUACAACGGGAUUCCAUAAUGCCUGGAAGGAAAAUUAAAUGGGAUUAGUUUUUUUUCCGGUUAUAUCAAGGGAAAUUUAAAAUUGCUCUCCUUUUCUUUAAAGUUCCGUUUUAAUUGUAUUUGUUUUGUACGUUUGUAUAUUUGCGCAUAAUCCCCCUUUUGAGGUUGGAUACCGAUUCGGGGACAAUAACUGUAUAUGUAGCACCUGACACAGCUGUGUAUUGUCAAUGCUUUAUGCCAAUGGAUGUUUUCCAUGAUGUUGAAAAGGAAGUAGUCCUUGCCGUUUAGAAGUACUGAAUACAUCUUCUGUAUUUUUUUUCUCAUGUUUACAUCAUUCUGAAGGCACAUCUGGAGCUCCGCGGACAUCAGCGGUUUUUCUAGUGGAGCGGACUUGAAUCUGAUUGGUGGAGGAUCAGGCUGGGUUUCCCCAAAAACACCUCAACAAUGAGAGUUUUGACAUAUUUGUGACUUCCUGGUGCAUAUUGCAGCUAAUAUGACACCUGAAAAGCAUUUUUCCUCUUUAAAAUAACCUAUAGACAAGCUCUUAUCCAGCUAAUGGGAAAGAUGGCUUUUAAUAGAACCACAAUUCUAAGCAUGUGUGCACUUUACACUUGUGGUCCAAGUUAUUUUCUCAUGGUAAAGUUCAGAGUAUUGUGUUUACACAUUUACAAUUAAAUACCGUGUGCAUCUACGAUGCAGUCUCACUUCUUUUGAUACACGAUGGUGUUUUUGGGGAACCUCGCGUCUUUCAUAUCUGAUGCUCCUUUUGCUCAAAUAUUUCACGAGUCAUUGAAUGGAGAUCAAACACUGUGUGGUGUAUGACUCUGAAAUGACACAUCUGCAAGCUUGUGAUAACAUCAUUUGAUUUACAAAAGUGCACAAGGAUACUGUAGAUCUUUUGCAGACAAGGUGCCAUAUGUGUAGAUAGUGUAUUAGGUAGGAAGAAGACAAACAGUACAGUAGGUAAUAUGUCACCAAUGCAUCUAGCUGAGGUGUGUUAGGUCAGUAGCUGUGUACAGUACAGUACAAUAUGAACACUGAGGGACUGUAUGACUGAUUAUGGUGCUUCAUUUUUUAAAUUUUUUAUCAUUAUCAUCCUGACACAUUCACACACGGGUUGUGCACUACUCCUGCCCCACGUGGUCUCACCUGGGGCGUAGCUUCACUAAUCUCCUGAGUCUGGAAACUACAGCAAGGCGUCGUAACAAGCUAUUUAUUUGCAGUUGUGUGUGUUUUAAUUUAUUUUUUUCAUGUAUGGGGGAAAUAAUCCAUAUACAAACAGAUGCUUUUUAUUUGUCAGAUAGUUUAUUAUGAUGAUUGUGUACUGGUUCCAUUUAGAUUUUAACGGUGUUAAAGUUCUGUGUAUAGUGCAACAUAAAAGAAUAAAAAUUAGGUAUCUGAA